CUCUCUCUCUCUACUCGCGAUUCGCGAGAAGAACACUAAAACCACUCUUUCUCAGUCACUUUCAGACGAUUCCGAUGCGAUUCCAAAAUUAGGGGAAAAAACCCCAAGAAUUAAUUAUUUGAAAAACUCCCAUGGCCCCAUUGGAACAACUUAACAAUGACCAGUUAACGCCAACUCUACUGUUCCUCACCUUCUUCGCUCUUCUUUCUCUCUCGCUAUCCCUCUAGCUCUUGCGUCGACAUAUGCAUAUCCAUUCUCUCGUGAGCAGGUGGAGACGAAUGCUAUUGUUGAUGGUGUUCUUCUGAGAUCUGAAUAAAUCUUAGAAAGAAGAUAUGUUCAAGUUGCACAGGCACCGUUCUGAGAAAGCAGGGGACAGAAUCGACUUCAAGUUUUCCAAUUUCCAGGCUAUUCAGGUACCAAAAGGAUGGGACAAACUUUUUGUGUCAAUUGUCUCUGUGGAAACCGGGAAAACAAUUGCCAAGUCAAGUAAAGCAUCAGUAAGGAAUGGGAAUUGUCAAUGGACAGAAUCUCUGUCAGAAUCUAUAUGGCUUUCACAAGACAAUGCUUCAAAAGAGCUCGAACAGUGUCUUUUUAAGUUUGUUGUUGCCAUGGGAUCUGUUAGAUCUGGUAUUCUUGGUGAGGCUAUGGUGAACCUGACAGGCUACAUUAAUUCAAGAGCUUCUUCCCCUGUCUUAUUGCCAUUGAAAAAAUGCAAUCAUGGGACAAGUUUACAAGUCAAAAUUCAAUGCCUUACACCAAGAGCAAGAGUCAGGGAUGAGCAGCGGAAAGAACCAAAUUCCCACCCAGAGGACCUGAAUGCAGACUAUGAUGACAUGGACAACAAGUCAGAUGGGUCUGAUUAUACAUUCCGUCAGAGUUUCGGGUCUUCCUCUAGUAAUAAUUUGGGCAUCACUUCUCAUCCAGGAGAUCUUGGUAGCAGGGACCCAAGUUUCUCUGCAUCAGGGUCACGCCAUAGCUCUGAUUCCGCUGAAGGUUCAAUAGGCAGGACAAAUUUUUCACCUAGGAACAGCUUAACUGCUGAUGUGUAUAAUGUAAUUGGCAGACAAGAUUCAAAUGGAUCUUCUAUUGAUGAUCAUUCUCAAUCAAAUCAUGCUUCCCUUAAUUCAAAGGUGACAAGUUCAGGCAGCAAUCUAAAGAAUCAGAGCCCAGAGUUGUGGCAAAGCUCUUCACAUGUUCAAGCUACACCGUCCUUGAGGAAUGCUGGUUCUUCUAAAGAUGUGGAAGCUGCAGAAGAUACAAUUAAAGAGCUCCGUUCUGAAGCUAGGAUGUGGGAGAGAAAUGCUCGAAAGCUAAUGCAAGAUCUGGAAAUAUUGAAGAAGGAAUUCUCUGACCAGUCAAUGCACCAGGCAGAUCUGGAUGUGGAGCUUUCAGCAGCAUAUGCUGAGCGUGAUGGCUUGAAGCAGGAAAUCGAACAACUUAAAGUGUUGUUAGAGGAAUCUAUGGUGAAACAAACAUCUGCUGAAAAUUCUAAAAUUCAAUCAAAAGGCAUGUCCCAUAUUCAAAAGGAAUUGGAAGAUGAGAUCAAGUUUCAUCAAGAGUCCAAUGCUGAAUUGGCUCUACAAUUGAAGAAAACACAAGAAUCUAAUAUUGAGCUUGUUUCUAUUCUUCAGGAACUAGAAGAGACCAUAGAGAUACAAAGAUUGGAAAUAGGUAAUCUUUCAGCACUGAAGUCGAAGUUAAAUGAUCUGGAGAACUGUAGCCAAGACAAUGAAGAGAAAGAAGGACAAAAUUCAAAUAUGGAAGGUAGCAAUGUUGAAAUCACGCUCAAAUCCCAUGAAGCAGGGGCAGAGGAUGAGUUGAAAUUGGUAUUCCAGCUGAAAGAGUUGCAGGAAUCACAGAAGAGUUUGCAAACAGCUGUUGAAUUAUUGGAAAAGGUCGUGGAGGACAAAAACCAGGAGAUCGAGGUUGAACGAAGCCUGAGGCACCAAAUGUUACUCAAUGCUGAGGCUAAUUGGAGGCAUCAGCUAUCUGCAAAAGAAGAACGCAUCCUCAAUUUAGAAGCAAAAUUAUCUGAUUCACUCAAUUCUCAAUGUUCAGAGAAUAUAGAGGUUGUCAAUGGAUCCAACCUUGAUCUGCUCAAAGAAAUUGAAGCCUUAAAAGCAAAAGUGCAGGAACUAGAGAGGGACUGCAAUGAGCUUACGGAUGAAAACCUGGAGCUUCUACUUGAGCUCAAAGAAUCAAAAAAAGAUCUUCAGACUGAAGGCAAUUUGGUCCAUUCUUUGCCUAGUGAAGCUAAUGUUUCUGCCAAUGCAUCUGAGUCUGAAGUCAGUGAUAUUAAAACUCAAAUAUUCAAGCUGGAACAGGGGAUGAAUAGAGAAAUGGGAAAUGAUGGUGUUGCAAACAAACACUUACAAAACCAAUUGUUAGAUUUUCAGAAGAAAUGUAAUGAUCUGGAGCUUCAGUUGCAAUCUUUUAAGGAUAAAGAAUGUGAUCUUGAUGCCCAACUCCAAAAGAGCCAAGAGAAAGUCGAAAAGCAAGAAAUGAAAAUUGCUGCAUUGCAGAGGCAGUUAGUCAGCUCCCAAGCAGUAAAAAUAGACAGAGAGGAUCAGCUUACUGUUCCAUCUACAAAAAAGUUUGAAUCAAAUGGUGAGAUAGAAAUGCCUACAAUAUUUUCUGAAUUAUUUGCGCAGCUUCAGUUGGCUCUGGCUCAUAUUCAGAAGCUAAAGGACAACUUUUGUCUUGUAAAUACUGAAUGUGAAAAUGCUCUUAAUAAUUCAAAGGAUCUGAACUGUAUACAUGUCAUCACUCAGAAGGAGCAGCCUGAGCUUAUCUUAAAUGAUUUUGUCAAGCUGAAUAAAUUAUUGGAAGAAGAGAUUAGCAAGUUUGAGGAAGUACUUCAUCAUAAUGAAGCGGAGAGCAAGGAAAUAAGUGAAAAUGUUACUGAUGCUCUGAAGAAGCUGGACAUUUAUGAUUCAAAGGAAAAUACACUUGACAAGGAAGAUGAAUCAGAGGCUCUAAGAUGUUCUAAGAGUGAGUUAGAAUCACAGGUUUCCAAUCUUCAGAAAGAAAAAUGUCAUUUGGAGGAGAGCAUGGAGGCCUUGCUAAGAGAAAGCAGUAUUACCUCUAAAAGUCUGGAUGAUGCAAGAAAUGAUCUGAUGGUGCUCAGCAUCAGUUUGGAAUCCCAUGUUUCUGCCAAUAAGAUUCUUGAAAAGAAAUUGUUGGAGCUAGAAAGUGGAAAAUCUGAACUGGAGCUCCAUCUAUCUGAGCUGGAAGAAGAGAACAUACAGUUGUCAGAGCGGAUAUCUGGUUUAGAAGCACAACUGAGGUAUUUGACGAAUGAAAGGGAGUCCAGCCGAUUGGAACUGGAAAAUUCUAAAGCAUUUUCUUUUAGUCUCCAGGAUGAGAUUGGAAAACUGGGGGUUGAGAUGGAGGCACAAAAAUUGGAUCUAAAACAAAAAUUGCAGGACAUGCAGAAGCAUUGGUCAGAAGCUCAAGAGGAGUGUGAAUAUCUGAAGAGAGCAAAUCCAAAAUUACAGUCCACAGCUGAAAAUCUCAUUGAAGAAUGCAGUUCUCUUCAGAAAUUGAAUGGGGAACUACGGAAUCAGAAACUGGAGUUGCAUGAACGUUGUACAAAUUUGGAGACUGAACUGAGGGAAUCACAAAAGAGAUUUUUUGAUUGCCUUAAAAAAGUUGAACUUUUAGAGGAAACUUUGUCUUCAAUGCAGGUGGAUAUUGCCUCAAAAGAGAAGUUCCUAAUGUCAGAACUUGAUGAUCUUCUUCGUGAAAACAAGGAACAUAAAGAGAAACUUAUGGGAGAGAGCUUGUUAAAUCAGAUGUAUUUAGAGAAGAAGAUUGAAGUUGAGAACCUCCAAAGAGAGGUUGCACAUCUCACUGAACAGAUAUCUGCAUCUCCUGAUGAAAGAGAUGGAAUAGCUUCAGAUGCAGUACUUGAAGUAUCCAGUUUACGUUUGGAUAAAGCCAAACUGGAAAUAGUUAUUCAGGAAGCCCAAGCUAGAAUUAAAUUGACUGAGGAUGAAUUAGAAACCCUUCGAGCAGAAUCAGAAGCUAAGGUAGAAAGCUUGAUUUUUGAACUAUCUGCUUCAACACAAAAUCAGGAACUGCUGAUGGCUGACAAUGAAAAACUCCUUCGAUCAUUGCAAGAUGCAAUAGCUAGUGAAGAUAAGCUUAAAAGCAAUGUAAACAUGCUUGAAAGAAAACUUUCAGCUUCUGAAUAUGAAAAGCAACAAGUAGUGGAAGAAAUUACUACCCUGAAGGUCCAGUUGCAGAAAAUUGGACAUCUUCAGGAAGAAGUCUUGGCUCUUAAGAGCUCACGCAAUGAAACUAAGUUUGAAAAGGAGAAAUUGGAAGCUUCAUUGCAGUUACUGUCUGAAGACUGUGAAGAACUGAAGGCAGAAAGAGUCUCAUUUCUUGAGAAAAUUUCUAGUAUACAAAAUGCUGUGUCCGAAUUAGAGGAUUGCAGACGUGCAAAGGUUGCCCUUGAAGAAAAGCUUCUGCGUCUUGAAGGUGAUCUGACUGCCAGAGAAGCAUUAUGUGCCCAUGAUGCUGAGCUGAAAAAUGAGCUUAGCCGCCUUAAAAGAGCAAAUAGCCAAUUUCAGCGGAAGAUACAGCUCCUUGAAGUAGAGAAAGAAGAGUACCUGAAGAAAUCUCAAACCCUUGAAGAGGAACUACAGCUGAAGAAAGAAAAAAAGCAUGGUCAAAGUGAGUCCAAAUCAGGAUCUUCCAUGUCCGAUACCAUAGCUUUUCCAACAUGUGGAGAAUUGGAGCUCCAGAAGGAUGAAAUGGGAAACAAUACCCAGCACCAAGAAAUCUGGACGCCAUCUCUGAAGACUAGUCCAAUGCAAGAGCUUCCAGAACAUCAACAGAAUCUCAAUGGAAAUCAAUAUGAGAGAGAGUGUGAUGGCUUUCAUCGUGAUCAUAGUGGAAGUCCUCAGGAUAGAGAAGUUAAUCUUGUAUUAAAGAUCCAAGUGCUUGAGAAUGAACUUGCGGAGGCUUUGGAGGCAAAUGAAAUGUAUAAAGUACAGCUUAGGAGGUUGUUAUCUGAAGGGGAAAAUGGUCAUACAGAUGCUCCCAAGCAAUUAACAGCUGUAGGUGAGAUCUUACAGAAAGAAGGAUUUGAGCAGAAGGCAUCAUUGCUCGAGGCAGAGUUGAAAGAAAUUCGUGAGCGCUACUUCCACAUGAGCAUCAGAUACGCAGAGGUAGAAGCUCAGCGUGAGGAACUUGUGAUAGAACUCAAGACUCUCAAAAAUGGAAGGCGAUGGUUCUCAUGAGUCCAGGACCUUACUGGGUCAGUUUUCUUACUCCAUCUCUUGUAACUCAUCUAACUCAAAGUUCUGUUUUUGCCUUUUCCUUUUUUACAAUCUCAAUUCUCAUACAUAUCUAAGAGGAACAAUAUGUGGUCAAACAGGAGGGUAGAGAAUUUUUAGCCGGGGGAAAUAUGCUUGUAAAGUGAAAUGGGUCAAUUCAAAAUCACAAAUGUUAUUCUGAAUUAUGUAAUAAUUUUGCUAUAUAUGGCAUGAUUUUAUGUAAUUAAAGCAAUAAGAAAAAAAAAAUUCAAAUUUCCAGUACUA